AUGGGAACUGGCAAAAAAGAAGCUACCAGACGAGCCAAGGGCGGCGAGACCGGCAACGGCUUCGGCAACAUCCGUGUCAAGGGUGUCAACUUCUAUCGAGAUGCCAAGAAGGUCAAGAAGCUGAGCAUGUACAAGGAGGGCCGAGCCAAGCACAAUGCCCGAGGAGAGGAGGUCCAGGCCGCCACUUUCCAGUCCAAGGAAAUCCCCAACGCUCGAAUCGACCCCAACCGACGGUGGUUCGGCAACACUCGAGUCAUUGCCCAAGACGCUCUCAAUCACUUCCGAGAGGCCCUAGGCGAGACCAAGCGAGAUUCAUACCAGGUGCUGCUGCGACAAAACAAGCUGCCCAUGUCGUUAUUGGAGGAGAACAACAAGAUCCCCCAAGUGAAGGUGGUGGAGACCGAGUCAUACGCUAACACUUUUGGCCCCAAGGCCCAGCGGAAGAAGCCCCAGCUGGCUGUUGGAGACUUUGCCGAGCUUGCAUCUGCUGCCGACGAGAGCCAGCAGGACUUCGAGGCUAAGAAGGAGGAGGACAACUCGUGGAAGGUGGACGGCUGGUCCCAGGAGGCCAAGGAGGCCAUUUUCCACAAGGGUCAGUCCAAGCGAAUCUGGAAUGAGCUGUACAAGGUUAUUGACUCCUCAGAUGUGGUUAUUCAUGUGCUUGACGCCCGAGACCCUCUAGGAACCAGGUGUACCUCCGUCGAGCAAUACAUCAAGAAGGAGGCUCCCCACAAGCAUCUCAUCUUUGUUCUCAACAAGUGUGAUCUUGUGCCCACGUGGGUUGCUGCCGCUUGGGUCAAGCAUCUUUCGCAAGACUACCCCACUCUGGCCUUUCACGCCUCCAUCACCAACUCUUUCGGUAAGGGUUCUCUGAUCCAGCUGCUGCGACAGUACUCGGCUCUGCACCCUGACCGACAACAGAUUUCCGUGGGUUUCAUCGGAUACCCCAACACCGGAAAGUCAUCCAUCAUCAACACUCUGCGAAAGAAGAAGGUCUGCAAGACUGCCCCUAUCCCCGGAGAGACAAAGGUGUGGCAGUACAUUACUCUGAUGAAGCGAAUCUUCCUCAUUGACUGUCCCGGUAUUGUGCCUCCCAGUCAGAAGGACUCCGAGACGGACAUUCUUUUCCGAGGUGUCGUGCGAGUCGAGCAUGUCUCCUACCCCGAGCAGUACAUCCCCGCUCUUCUGGAGCGAUGUGAGACCAAGCAUCUGGAGCGAACUUACGAGGUGUCCGGCUGGAGUAACGCCACCGAGUUCCUGGAGAAGAUUGCACGAAAGCACGGUCGUCUGUUGAAGGGAGGAGAGCCCGACGAGUCUGGAAUCGCCAAGCUGAUUCUCAACGACUUCAACCGAGGCAAGAUCCCUUGGUUCGUGCCCCCUCCUCAGGCCGAGGACAUGGAGAACGUCAAGUUCGCCGCUGGAGAGGGCCGACUGGGAGAGAUGAAGAAGCGAGAGAUCCACGAGGCCCCUGCUGCUACUGAGACUGCCGAGGAGACCAAGGAGGAGGAGUUCAAGGGUUUUGAUGAUUAA